UGCUACCAUGAUUGGUGGUACGUUGUAGACCAAUAUUGCACCACAUUAGACGUAAAAACAAAUCAAUCGACCAGACAGUCAGAACCUUCUAGAAAAUUUAGUCAGCAUAUUACACGAACAUUUCAUCAGUUCAUGACGUGUGAUUCCAAAUACAUUUCAGCAAGCUUGCAGUCUUUUAAUGCUUAUAUAUAUAUCCAUGUCAGAGUUAAACGCAGUUGUUUACUUUUGUACUGAACAGCUGAUGGUUCCACAAAGGUAGUAAGUUGAGGUGUUAUCGGGACGGUUUUGUUUAAAGAAGCUUUUUCCUUGCGCACGUUAUGAAUCCAAACACACUUACUUGACAUGGGCAUCUUGCUACUGUGAUAUUAAUUGGGAAAUCAUGUGUCGCAUAUGCCAAGGAAUCGUCGAAAAAUGCAGUCAAUCCAUGCAUUGAGCCAUUACAUCCAUGUAUCACGAAUCCAUGGAACCCGGAAAUAGUUACAUGUAGGGAACAAAUAACACUACAUGGAAGCUGCUACAAAACAAUAAACACACUUUAAAUUUUCUUCAGAAACGAGACAAUUUCGGCAUUUAAUACAAUUAUUGCUGCGUUAUGGAUUCCAACUUCACCUGUUUUUUUCACAAUGAAAAAUUGGCCUUCCAGCAGCUGUGUAGAGACAUUCAACACGCAAAACUGAUUCCACGACCCUACGUUUACCGAUUGGGAAUGGCAGUCUGUUCCUGCAGGAGAAAAAAACCUGAUCUACAAGGUCUUCUGAAGUCUUCAGAUCUACGUACAAUUGUUUCAGCAAUCCAAGAUAAAGUGAACUCCAAAACUGAACAAAAGUUUCUGAAGACCUUUCUGGAUUCUGAGUUGAUGAAAGGUGUUUCAUUGAAUAAUUACAGUGUGUGUAUGUUGCUGUAUGUGAUUUACCAGUCAUGCCAGAACAACACUUAUGAAUUUCUCCAAGGUAGCAGUCGGGCAGUGGAAAGACCACCGAAGGCUAAAGGAGAAAAAGUAAGAAAACAGAACGUAUACGAGAUGGCUGUGAAAAAAAGGCUGAAAAAGUUAAACUCAAAGCAGGAAAGUACUGUCAAAAUUUUCCCUGGGAAUUUGGGGCAAUUGAGAGAGACGGAGAGCUAUAAGCAACUUGUCUAUGAAUACAAGAGGGAUAUUGUGAUGAAAUUCAACAAAGACGCCAACGAUAGGGCAUUUACCAAUGGAACUACUGCUACACAGGUCAUUAUUCACUAUACGGAUUUGGGAAAGUUGGCUUCAUUCAAAUCUCGGCUGAACUCGGUGGCUGGAGAGAUACAGGGGGAGAUGGACCGGACCCGCAUGGUAAGACUGAACAAUCGUAGAGCACGCGUGCUGAGGAGAGGUUACAACAGAGGUUCAGAUGAGAGUGACCUUACUACAGCAGCUUGUGCCAUAAAAGAAACACGUCAGAAAGAUUUCCACCAGAAGUUGAAAAAGGGAGGAAGGAGCCCACCAACACCAUCCCCUUUGACCGGUGGUCAUUGUUUCAACUGCCUGGGGACCUUCGAAGGCUUAAGAGAUUCUGGCCCUUGUCAGCACCAUCCUGGUUUCGUCAAAGAUGAAGUCUGGACAUGCUGUGGAGAAAAAGUUGAUAAGACAAAACCAAUCCAUGAGGACCAUCAGGAAACAGGAUGUAUUGUAAGCAUACACAACUGGAGACAAAGGAAAAACAGCGGUCGGAGAUCAGAGCACAGUACCGAAGAUUACAAAUUAUCGCGUGCAUGUGUAAAGCCUAACUUCCGCCACCGCACCCCAGGGCAUCACGUCACAAAUAUGUGGGAUGAAGCAACUUCCUAAAGGAUGCAACAGCUUAUAAAGCUAAUUUGCUGUAAACUUCUUGUUGGAGGUGAAAUGUGAACUGCUUUAACCCUGGUAUACAGCUGGAAGCUGAAUUCACUAUGUAUAAUGUAAUUAACUUCAAAAUGUUAGAGUUUGGUUUAUAAAAAUAUAUAAUUCUUCAAUAUUUAUGGGAAAUCAUGUUUGUAAUGAAACAAACUCGUAAAGUGUCCAUGAAUAUUCUGUUUGUUAGUUAAGAGACUGGUCGAGUCUGAGUGAAUGGAUUAUUAUACAUACAAUGUAGACCGAGUGAAUGGAUUAAUAUAUAGAUGUUAUGUGGAAGCUUUGUUAUUACUAUUGAAUAAAUAUGUUUACUGUUAAAAUCCGGUAGGGAUUUUUGUUGUUCAAUGU